AUGUCCCUUUCUAGCCAGCCUUACAUCGGCUGUGCCAACCAACGCAGCAGAGUCGCCACUGCCAUUUCUCACGGCGUACACGUCCCCACCUUUGCGCCACCUCUUGCAAUCCUCUGGCAGUCUGCGGACGCGACCAGGGUUCCAGGCCAUGCAUACGCCAACUCCACCCUCGUGACAGGCUACAAGGGGAAGAAGGUCGAGCUUGGCCAACUCAAAGUCGGCGACCACAUUCUCGGCCCCGACGGAAAGCCUCGCGAGGUCGUCGAGCCCCGCCCUGGUGUCGGCCUUCUCCACCGCGUCAACAUCAUGGCACUGCAAAAGUCCGCCAGCCUGCCCGGUUUCGACUGUUCUGCUGCAACCUCGCUGUCUCUGGUCCUGGUCGACAGGAGCUACAGGAACUACAAAGCCGUCGAGUACGCAGGCGGCACCGACGACGACAUCAAGGCGAGGCUGAAUGUCGUUCUCGGCGGUGGCGAUCACUCUGCGCACCGUACCGUCUUGUGCGAGGUCUGCCGGCAUGGCGUGUUCAAGACUGAAAAGGCCUUGGUCGAACACUUUCGUAGCCACGCGCCCCCAAAGGACAAGUUUGACUUUACGCCGUUCCUCUCCAACCCAUCAUACCCCCUCCACGAAUCCAACAUCGUCUCCUCGGUCAUCACCAUUGACGGCGACUUUGCUCUCCCGGUCCCCGGCUUGGCUCAAGAACCCGGCUAUCGUUGCUCCGGUUGCAUCUAUGUCACUCGGUCCUUGGCCAAGCGCCACGUUCACAGCAGCGACAACCACCGCAUGGUCGAAUGCCUUACCCAAACCUGGUACGGCAACCAAUCUCGCGGCGGCUCUCCACGCGGCCCCAACGCUCGCCUCUUUGCGGUAGCAUCACACGUUGUUACAGAACCCGAACCUGUCACAUCGGCCGAUACUUUGAUGCGUGAAAUGGGCAAAGUCUGCCGCAGCGUCACGUACUCGGACGCUGCUACUGUGCAGAACCGUCGCCCCGGCCUCGAGCGGUGCCGUUGGGUCACCCUGGUCGAUGGCAUCACCACCAACACGGCACAUACGGUCACCCUCCGUCUAAACCUCGAUGGCCGCUACUACGGCGACAUUCUCGGUGAGGAGAUGGAUCAGCUCGUCGACCAACUGGUCGACCAGACAUUCGACGCCAACCCAUCGGGCGACUAUCACCGUGGCCCGAACAAGCUGCUCAACAGCCUUCGGUCCCUCAACGUGGUGACAGAUCGCGGAGGCCGCGGACCGGCGGCCGACCGCAAGCACAUUCCAUUGAUGUACUUGUUCAACACGCGCGCAGUCCGUCUGCAGUUGCCCGCUGGCCUGAUGGACUCGGACGGCCAUUACUCGCUUGCAACAAACUCGUUCGUCGUGCGCAUGUACCGUGCCAUUACCAAGCCCAUGGGAGCCACAUGGAACCUCUACAGCGAGGUGAACAGUGCGACCAUCAAGGCGCACGUUGCCAAGUACAAUGUCAAGCAGCCGAACGUUGGCCGCGACAUCGUGGAGGUCUGGGUCGACUUCUGCGGGGAACUUGCCAAGCUUGUCGGAUUUGUCGACACUGUUCCUCAAGUCCGCAAGGAGUUGAAGCAAGACCGUCUGGACUCGAGCCACGCCACCGUCAACAACUACCGCCGCCGCCGCUCGAACCGCUGA